UUGAUCAUUCUAUAACAAGAACAGCACUUUAGUUUAGUACCCCAAUGAUGUCCACUAGGCGGUGGCCCGUUCCUGUAGGUUCAUGCUCUACAACAUCCGCAGAGUACGACCCUGCCUCACACAGGAAGCGGCGCAGGUCCUAAUCCAGGCACUUGUCAUCUCCCGUCUGGAUUACUGCAACUCGCUGUUGGCUGGGCUCCCUGCCUGUGCCAUUAAACCCCUACAACUCAUCCAGAACGCCGCAGCCCGCCGCAGCCCUUCCCAAGUUCUCUCACGUCACCCCGCUCCUCUGCUCUCUCCACUGGCUUCCAGUUGAAGCUCGCAUCCGCUACAAGACCAUGGUGCUUGCCUACGGAGCUGUGAGGGGAACGGCACCUCAGUACCUCCAGGCUCUGAUCAGGCCCUACACCCAAACAAGGGCACUGCGUUCAUCCACCUCUGGCCUGCUCGCCUCCCUACCACUGAGGAAGUACAGUUCCCGCUCAGCCCAGUCAAAACUGUUCGCUGCUCUGGCCCCCCAAUGGUGGAACAAACUCCCUCACGACGCCAGGACAGCGGAGUCAAUCACCACCUUCCGGAGACACCUGAAACCCCACCUCUUUAAGGAAUACCUAGGAUAGGAUAAAGUAAUCCUUCUCACCCCCCCCCCCUUAAAAUAUUUAGAUGCACUAUUGUAAAGUGGCUGUUCCACUGGAUGUCAUAAGGUGAAUGCACCAAUUUGUAAGUCGCUCUGGAUAAGAGCGUCUGCUAAAUGACUUAAAUGUAAUGUAAAUGUAAUUCUUUCAUAUUUUUUGAAUAAGGUGAAGGUUGAACCGUUUUUUGAACGAGACCGGUAUUUAGGGUAACGUUUUGGUUGGCCAACUGGCUUGCCCCUUACCGGUAUGUCAUUUGCUUGAGCGCGGCUAGGGAUCCAUCUUUUGACAAAUUAACGUCAAAAGUAUUUUUUUUGUGCAUUUUAACUACCCCUAACUCUUUUCCUACCCCAAAACGAAUUAUCCUAACCUGCUACCAAAAGAUCCUUUCUAGCCAUGACCCCGGGGGAGCUGCCCACUGGAGCUGUCCCCCGUGGUUAAAGUAACUAUUGCAUGCUACUACAGUGGCCACUAAGGUUACAUAUUAAACCGGUCUGACAACUCACUCACCCUCAGACAUAAAGGGUGUAAAAUACAUCCAAGACAUGCUCACCUGUUGCAGUUGCAUUUUACAAUGGGGGAUUUGAAGCACAGUAAUAGUAUAGACGACAGAGUUCUAUCGGCCGUUCCCCUUAGACAGGGGGACAUUAAAGUUGUAUUUCACAAAGUUGGCGAUGACGACGACGAUGAACACACUACUGAGAGGAUUAAUUUACAAAGUAACAGUCAUGAAGAGGCAAGGACUAGAACAGUGGAAAGCAGUGCGAAGCAAAGAGUAUGUCCUCCCUUGUGUUGUAGAAUUGGCGGCGGCGGAGAUCCCAUCUCAACGGACCCAGGAGACACAGUUGUCAAAGAGAAUAAACAUUGUCCAGGACUGGGCCUGUUUUAUGGCCUGCUGGCAACAGUAUUCUUCUCCAUUAUAGCUCUUCUGGUGAAGACAAUAGAUGGAGUCCAUGCUGUAGAAAUCAGUGCCAUUCGCUGCUUCUUCCAGAUGCUGUUUGUGAUGCCUAUGCUUAUCUAUUACAAGACUGGCUUCCUUGGACCAAGAGACAAGCGGAUCUAUUUGGUGAUGAGAGGGUUCUUGGGUUCCAACGCCAUGAUCCUAUUGUUCUAUGCAGUUCAGCAGAUGCCCCUGGCUGAUGCAACAGUCAUCAUGUUCAGCAACCCAGUGUUCACCGCCUUGUUAGCCUGGAUCUUCCUCAAAGAGAAAUGCACAAUUUGGGACUGUGUCUUCACUGUGUUCACACUGGCUGGUGUCAUAAUGAUAGCCAGGCCUCCCUUCAUAUUUGGUGCUCGCAGAGAGGGAAUAGAGGGAGACUACACCAAUCAUCUCAAGGGGACUAUUGCAGCCUUCGGUGGAGCGUUAGGAGCAGCCUGCACUUUAGUUAUACUCAGGAAAAUGGGCAAAAGCGUCCACUACUAUCUGUCUGCGUGGUACUAUGCGGUCAUUGGUUUCAUUGACUGUGUCAUCACUUUGUUUAUACUUGGUGAAUGGACCAUUCCAUUCUGUGGGAGAGACAGGUGGAUCCUUAUGCUGAUAGCAAUCCUGGGUAUUGCUGGCCAAACGUUCCUCACCAAAGCACUUCAGAUUGAGAAGGCCGGCCCUGUGGCCUUGAUGAGGACCGUUGACGUGGUCCUGGCCUUUAUUUUCCAGUUCUUUUUUUUCAACCGUAAGCCCACCAUGUGGAGUCUCGGUGGGGCAUGUUGUGUGGUCGUCAGUACCUGUGGUGUGGCUCUAAGGAAGUGGUACAGCAACACACACCCAAGAAAAAACCGUGAACCACGCAUCAGACAAAUAUUUGAUUCCAGGAAUAAAUGAAAGGUUAUCAAUUAAUAUGAUGUUAAUGUUUAGCAGACAAGAGUGUUAUGUAAACCAAAGAAGCAAUAUUACAUCCAAAUGUUACUGUGAGGUUUUGAGCACAAAACUGGAAAUGUUUUAGUAUUUACAUCAACACACUUAGAAAAGAGGGUUCUUUGGUAAGGGUGAUGGUUCUAUGUGGAACCAUAAGGACUCAAAAUAACCAUUUGAGCUCUUCAAUGGUUCUUUGCCGUUCAGAAAACGGUGCUUUAAUCUUUUAGUGAUAAUUCAAAUGUAGGGGAGGUGGCUCAUUCUAAUAUUUUGGGGCCUGGUUUUUUCACAGCUCUUUUUGUGCAGCCGAGAGUGAGUGUCAUUCCAGUUGACAUAAUCUGUUGUAUUGUGUCAUUGCAUGUUAAAUAUGACUGGCCAGUAAUAGUGUCUUGUGAGAGACUUAUAUAAGGCCUCGUGUCAACGGUUGACUAAAUCUCAAUUAUCUCCUCAGGGACCACCCAGCCGGUCCAGAGCUAGCACACCUGAUUCAACUUGUAAAUUAACACAAUAUUAACAUGUUAUUUUAAAGGUAAUAUAAUAUGGCUAACCCCCUUUAUAGCACCAUAAAGGUUUCAUUUAGAACCUCAUGAACAUGUUUCUUUAUAGAACCUUCAAAAAGGGUUCCACUUAUGGUUACAAGACAAAUUACCCUUAUUUGGCAGUGGCACUAUAUACGGUGCCUUCAGAAAGUAUUCAUACCCCUUGACUUAUUCCACAAUUUGUUGUGUUACAGCCUGAAUUCAAAAUCGAAACCCCAUAAUGACAAAGUGAAAACAUGUUUUUAGAAAUAUAAGCAAAUUGAUUGAAAAUCAAAUACAGAAAUCAUUCAUUUAACAUAAGUAUUUACACUCCUUUGCUAUAACACUCCAAAUUGAGCUCAGGUGCAUCCAAUUUCUUUUGAUCAUCCUUUAGAUGUCACUACAACUUGCAUGUCUGAGCAGAAACUAUACCAAGAAGUCAAAGGAACUGUCCAUAGAUCUCUGAGAUAUAAAGAAAAAUAUGGAACUACCCAGACUCUGCCUAGAGCUGUCCGUCUGACCAAACUGAGCAAACAGGCAAGAAGGACCUUGGUAAGGCAGGUGACCAAGAACCCAAUGACCACUCCGAUAGAACUACAGUUCCUUGGCUGAGAUGGGAGAACCUGCCAGAAGGACAACCGUGUCUACAGCACUUCACAAAUCUGGGCUUUAUGGGAGUGUGGCCAGACUGAAGCCACUCCUGAGAAAAAGGCACGACAGCACACCUGGAGUUUGCCAAAAAGGCAAGUGAAAUACAAAAAUAUUCUGUGGUCUGAUGAGACAAAAAUUAGAGUUUUGGCCUAAAUGCAAAGCGCUAAGUCUGGAAAAAACAGAAAUAACUCAUCACACAUUGAACACCAUCCCUACCGUGGAGCAUGGUGGUAGCAGCAUGCUAUGGGGAUGCUUUUCAGCAGCUGUGACUGGGAGACUGGUAAGGAUAGAGGGAACAAUUAAUGGAGCCAAAUACAGGCAGCUCCUUGAUGAGAACCUGCUUCAGAGUGCAAACAACAGACUGGGGCAAAAAUGUACAUUCCAACAGGACAAAUGACCCAAAGCAUACAGCAAAAGCAAUGCUGAAAUUGCUUCAGAACAAGAAUGUGAAAGUCCUUGAGGCCCCCAGCUAAAGCCCAGACUUGAAUCCCAUUGAAAAUGUGUGGAGAGACUUGAAGAUUGAUGUUCACCACCACUCUCCAUCUAACAGAGCUUGAGAAAAUCUGCAAGGAAGAAUGGGAGAAAAUCCCCAAAUAUAGAUGAGUAUGUCUGUAUCAGCUUUGCACAAGACGACUCAAGGCUGUAAUCAUCACCAAAGGUGCUUCUACAAAGUAUUGACUCCAGGGUGUGAAUACUUAUGUGAAUUAGAUAUGUCUGUAUGUCACUUUCAAAUACAUUUGCAAAAGUUCUAAAAACAUGUUUUCACUUUGUCAUAGUGGGGUAUUGUGUGUAGAUGGGUGAGAAAAAAUAUAAAUUUAAUCCAUUUUGAUAACACAACAAAAUGUGGAAUAAGUCAAUGAGUAUCAAUACUUUCUGAAGGCACUGUAGAAGCAUUUUUGCACGUGUACUGAGGUUAAUCAGCUAAGCUUAUAUUAGCAUAUAUUUCUAUUUGAAAUGGGCUGAUGUCCUUUAUUUUAAUACACUGCUGGUCAGAAUAGUUUAUUUGUGGAAAUGUUAAGUGUGACAUUAUUUUUUACAAAAUGCAAAGAUUUUCAAAAGAUUUGCUUUGUGUGUCACAGCUAGCAAUAAUAUUUUGUUGACCCAACGAGUAAGCAGCAUAGAGAGAUGACUUUAUGCAUCUCACAUUUAUGCUGCCUACAGUAGUUAAAUAGUAUAAUGGAAACUUGACAUUUACAGUACAAAUAGCUUUAUGAUAGUAUACCACAGAAAACAACUUGUUGUGCCUUCCUUUUUUAAUUUGACCUUCAUUUAACUAGGCAAGUCAGUUAAGAACAAAUUCUUAUUUUCAAUGACGGCCUAGGAACAGUGGGUUUAACUGCCUGUUCAGGGGCAGAACGACAGAUUUGUACCUUGUCAGCUCGGGGGUUUGAACUUGCAACCUUCCGGUUACUAGUCCAACACUCUAUCCACUAGGCUACCCUGCCGCCCCAAAUGUGUACUACUAAUUUAGAACUAUUCACUUGACUUUGCACAUUUCUGUCACAUACCGUGUCAGUUGUGAUGCUUUGUACAUGUGUUAUACUCCUAGUUAUGCCAGCGUGACUGCUGUUUUAUAGUAUGUAUUUAUCAAUAGAAAUCAAAUACAUAUUUCUCUAUCAAAAGCACUUUCUCAGACUGAUUGAAUGUAUGACUGGUUUAUCAAAUAUGUGGCAAAAAUGCUUCUUAACAUUAACUGUGUUCAAUCAUUUUCUUGUAGGUCUACAUAAAUUGGUUAUAACAACAGUAUGAACAAUUUAAAUGAACCAUUUAAUUGUUCAAUGUAAUUAUGAGCCUACUGUGCCCUGCUCUUUCAUAUAUUGUUUCUACAACUUGAAAUAACUUAACUUCUUUAUGGGACCAUAAUUCACAACGUGUUUGUCCUCAAUUAAGGUGGACACAGAGACAUAUAGGAUAUCUAAACCUUUGUGUGGUUCAUGUUCGAUUUGAUUUGAUUGAUACGGAUUUGAUUGACACUGAAAAGUUGGAUGCAUUUGCACAAAGGAGAGAGCAUAACAGAUUCGUUUUUUUAAACUUCUUUUUUGACAGUUGAACAGAAUGUUACCACCUUCAUGCCUUGCUAAAUCCUUUCUUAACUAUGUAAUUAUUAUAUUACUAUUUCAGAUUGUUUUAUUGGAGUUAAGGAUUACUCUAAAAGUUGUAUAUUCAUACACAAUGCCAGAUGUCAUUUUUUAAUUCUAAAAUAAAUGACAUAUUCAUUUCA